UCUAAAUGUUUUAAAAAAAAAAUCAAUACAUUUCAUGUAUCUUAUUUUACUUUUUUUUUAAUUAAUUAAAAGUGUUAGAAAUUAGCAAACUGUGCACGUUUAUAGUUACUGCAAAACAUUUGUAACAGUAAUUAAGCCGUUAAACAUGGAGAGGAAAAAUAUCGUCAAAGAAAAGCUAAUAGUUCCUACGGACUUUAUUUCACCGGCGCAUUUAACCAAUGUCCAGGGGGACCUAAUGCCUCCGUCACACUUUGAAUCGGGUGUUCAAUCAUCUGGAGCCCACAGAGGGGUUCUAGUAGGUCCUAAAACUUCACCUCAGACUACCUGGAGGAACCCAGUUCCGAUAUCAGGACCCAGGGAUCCAAGUCUUGCCGGUCCAUGCUUCACCUUUCCUCAACGUGAGGACAAUCGGGAGAUGAUCCUGCUACAAGGAGACUUCUUAAGAGCAAACGAAGCUGGGGGUCAGCCUGCAGCACACAGAUUUGGAGAAAAAGGAGAGCAACAGUACACAUGGGAGUCACAGCACCAGCUUGGGAUGGAAAAACACAAGGCUGAAGCUGAGAGGUUAAAGGGUCAGGUGGAGGCCCUGAAAGAAGCUGCAGAGAAAUACAGAGAAGAAAUGAAAGAUAGAGAGAUCACCCUGUGCAGGUGCACCCAUGAGCUGGAAGUAGCUCGAGAAAAUGCAUCAAAGGCGAAAGCAGAACUCAGCCAAGUCAGGGAGGAGCUUAGCCUCAGCAGAGGACAGGAGGAGAUGAUGAGGUUGCGGCUGGAAAAAGUGAAAGCAGAGUGUGGAGAGGAGAUAGCCCAGCUGAGGAGAUCUUUGGUAAAAAGCAAACAGGAAUCCAGAGAGCUUGCUCUUAAGGUUGAAAUGAGUAGGCUGCAGGCUGAAGAGGAGGCGAAAGAGCAGGCUCUCAGACUCUCCAAACAACUGGAGAAAAUGAAGGAGAUGCAGGAGGCACAGUUGCAACAUUUAAACGCAUCGCACUAUACAGAGUUGGACACAGCAAGACAAGCAAACUCUGAAUUACAGGACAGGCUCCAGUCGAUGUCCACAAAAGUGCUGCAGUUACAGAGCGCUCUGAUGGAGGCGUCAGCUGAAAGGGACGAACUGAAAGAACAUUUAAGUCACGUGGGACGAGCCUUCGAGACCCAAUCUGCGACACUGCAGAGCCUCAGAAAUUACAUCGGCCAGCUCACCCCAGAGAGAGGAGAGAAGGAACAAUUAAAGGAAACUAUUGAGAAGCUAAACAAAGAGAAGGCGGCUCUUCAGACGACCACUGAGCUUCUGACUGUCAGACUUAAUUCUGUAAAUGAGAUUCUCACCCUCCAAGAGGAGAAGCUGGUUAAGAAGCAAACCUCUGCAGAUCCUCUCCAAUGGAAGGAGCCUGACAUCCUUCAAGUGCUUCAGCUGUGGAGAGAGAAAGUGUUCAAGUUGUGCGUCCAGCUUCGCUCUAAAGACAUUGAGACGAGAAGAGAAAAAGACAAAGUUCUUUUUGAUGUGAGAUCCACGGAGCAGCAGCUCCAGCAGGAGCAGCACCAGAACCGUCUGCUCCAACACAGUCUGCAAGACAGGAUGGCAGAGCUGGACCUGGAGAAGGUAGAAAAGGAGACACUGAGGGAAGAUUUAACAAAAGUUGAGAGAGAAAAUGCUGAGCUGAAGUCACAGAACCAGAGAGCAGAGGCUGAAAUCAAGAUCCUGAUAGAAGCUGUGCAGAGGUUCCAGAAGGAAUUUGACCGCAAGACCGCAGAAGUAGACUCUGCUAAAACAAAGCUAAACACUUUUACCCAGAGGCUCUCUUUUGCUUCUAGAAGAGUGGAGACCAUCCAGUGUUUGGUCAUGAGGCGAGCGGCUCUGCAGAAAAUUGAGCAGGCGUGUCAACCACCAAAGCAAGAAAAGAACAGCUUGACAAACUUGCAGACGGAAUACGGUCUGAUUUGCGAGGAGCGAGACAGGCUGAGUCUAGAGCUCAAAAGAACCCCAGAGCUCAUUGAGAAAGCUCUCGCUGAUCUGAAGGAACAAUAUGGGAGUAAAGUCAGGCAGCUGGAGCAGGAGCUGGAGCUGAGCUGCAUGGAGGUGAAACAGGCUCUAGCCGGUAAAGAGAAGGCGGAACAGAGGCUGCAGCAGAUCCAGGCACAGCUGGAUGAGACCAGCAUCAGCUUGGAGACACUUCCCUGUGAGCUGCUCCACCAGCAAGAGCGAAACCAGCAGGCCCUGCAGGAACGAGUGUCUGCGAUUGAGGCUGCGCACGCUGAGAAAACGAAAGAGCUUGAGCUCCAGCUGCAUGCAGCCCGCAGAGAGCACACCAGAGCAGUUAUGACUUUGCUGCAGUUUCAGAGACAGGCAGCAAGACAACACGAUGAGAUAACAGAAACUCCAAACUGGGGGGGUGAAAACACAAAACAAAAUGUCCUGAAUAAACAUGUAAAGGAGAUGGAGGGGAGCAAAAAGUUUCUACAUGUCAUGGCCUCUAAAGAGGCCCCGAUGGCAGAACACGCACAGAGUCGAGAAACUCCUUCAGAGAAGAGGACUUCUGUUGAAGCAGAGGUCCACCUUCCUGCAGAGAGACUCCUGAGUGUUUUGGAGGAGCUCCACACGCUUAGCGCUGCUGUAGUAAACAGCUCUGAAGACUCUUCAGAGGAAGAACUCAGAAGUGACGACAGGAAGACUUCUGCUGACCUUCUGGACAGUCAAGACAUGAAGAACUGAAGAAGUUUAACUACUGAUUAGAAAUAUAAAAAAAUAACCCUAUUUUUACUCCAUUAAGUUGAGCCAUAAAGGCUGGAAUCACUUUCAUGUUGACUAAAUAAAAAUUAUAAUAUUUUACAUAAUCUAUUAGUUAUUGUGACUUUUUAAAUUAAAAUCAAUAAGAACUCAGGAAAGUAUACAAACACUCGUGAAUAGUGGGGCACAAACAGAUAAUCUUCAAUAAUGUACUAUUUCUUUAUUAUUUUACUACUUUUUAAAAUGUAUUUGGGUUAUUUAAAGGACAGUCUCGUUUCCUACUUUAAUUUUGCCGUUCAGCUAAAGUAAGGAUUUCCUGCAAAAUGCUUUUGGGAGUUGCCUCCAAGUGUUUUCUCGUCACACACAAAGCCUUUUUUUUUCAAAUUACAUUUAGGCACAUUGGUAAAGAUUUUCUACUGUAAAAAAUCUAUAUUUUCUAUUUGACACUCCUUUAUAGAGCAGUCAUAAGAGCAAUGAGGAUAAACACCAUGACGAAGCAGGUAAUUGUGCUAUUUGUCAUGCUGUCACCAGUGCUGAUAAAUUCAGAAAAAGUUCAAAGUUUUAGGCCCUUUAGGUAACAAUUUAAUAGUCUUGAUGAAGUGUAAAUAUACCCACUAAUAAAAUCGUCUUUACUCUAAGCUCUCUGACCGCCGGAGAAGUGAUUCAUCAUUUUAAACUGGUCAGUAACUGAUUCAGCUUUACUGUUCUAAAAAUCUUACUUUUACUGCAUAUGGUCUAAGAGACCCUAGUGAAAUUCAAUAAAAAAUUACAGAAGUUCGAAGCCUAAAUUUAGGUCACGUCCUGUUGACACACCUGAAACCCAUUUUUAUAUUUUUUUGGUUCUUUUUAAUUAUUAUUUAAGUUUAUUUGCAUCUUUUGGUUGUGAUGUUGGUGAAUUUCUUUUGAAUAUUGAAGGCUGAUGGUAGCUUGUCUUGCAUUUUUCUCUGCAGCACCUUGCAAGUGCACAGAAUGACCAACAGAGGGCAGUGUUGUCAAAGCUGAGCUCAAAGCGAACAGCCCUCUUGAAAGGAGGAAACAAAAAUUAACUAAUAACGUUAAUCAUCUAGGUUGAAAAGGUUUUGUAUGAAUAAGAGGAUAAAAAGGUGUAGACUAUAUUCUAAUAUUAUUGAUUUAAGACAUGGUGAAAAAUUGACUAAAUCAGGAGAAAAAUCUAAUGAAUAAAGUAAAAAAAAAAGAAAGAAAAAAACUGGUUGUGUUUUACUAUUUAGAGCUAAGUAGUUCUGAAAAGUUAUGAAAACUAAAUAUUGCAAAAAUUAAUCACACACCUGGGAGUGAUCUUCAGUCAGCUCUACCUUUCUGGCUUCACUGGCCUGUUUACUGCGAUUGACUGUGCAG